AUGGAUGAUUGCCAGGAUGGGUGGUGUUGGUCGGAUGGUCGAGCCGAUGGCUUUUUGGUUGCUUCUGUGAAGAACUGGAUGCGCGGACAUCAGAGUUCGAGUGAGAGCUUUGAGUUUUCAUGGAGUAAAUGGGUUCCAAACAAGUACAACAUAUUCAUGUGGUGCGCUUUUAUUGAUCGCCUUCCUACGAAGAUGUCUCUCCUUCGAAGAAACAUUCUAGUGGAUAAUCAAGCUUGUGUUUGGUGUGAGAGUAGUGAUAAAACAGUCGAGCAUAUUCUUACAGGUUGUGGCAUCUCUACGGGUGUGUGGAAUGCGAUUACUAGUUGGUGCGGGAUACCGGGAAGCUUCAUCUUUCACGUCAAAGAUUUGGUGAAUUUGCACGAUUAUAGUGGUGCUUCCGGGAACAGAAAGUUGGUUAUACAUGGGAUUAUCAUAAUCGCCUGUUGGAGGAUGUGGAGAGCUAGGAAUGAAAAAGUAUUCUCGAAUAAAGACCCUAAUGUCGUGGAGAUGGUUGCGGAUAUCAAGUCUUUGAGUUUUUUAUGGUAUAAACAUAUGUUUAAACAAGGGGUUGUGGAUUGGGAUAGAUGGUGUAUGUUUGAUUUGAUGUAA